AUGCUCCAAACGCAGACCCAACACGUUUUUUCCCACCAGCACCAGUACCCGCAGGCUGAUCCGUCCUGGCUGCAGCACCAACAACAGCAACAGCAGCAACACCACCAAGCGCAGCACCACCCGCAGCAACAACACUCGUCGUUGGUGGCCCAACAGCAUGCCCAAGUCCAGGCCGCUGCCGCUGCCGCCGCCGCGGCUCAACAACAACAUUACAGUCGGAUCGCUAUGGCGGGAAACGCUGGAGCCGGAAAUCCGUCUCAAGCGGCUGCCGGGGCGAUGGGCGGAGACGGGUCCCUGCCCGGUGCGGUCUCGGUGAUGGAUGGCGGAAUUACCGAUGAGAACCGCAAGGUCUUCAUCUGGGUCGCCGAACUUCUGGACCCGAAUCGCAGAGAAGCAGCGCUCAUGGAGCUCAGUAAAAAGCGCGAGCAGGUUCCGGAGUUAGCGCUCGUUAUCUGGCAUUCGUUCGGUGUCAUGACCGCUUUGCUUCAAGAAAUCAUCUCUGUAUACCCCUUGUUGAACCCUUCUCAGUUGACUGCGGCGGCCUCGAAUCGGGUUUGCAACGCCCUUGCCCUCCUUCAGUGUGUCGCCUCUCACAACGAAACUCGCACUCUGUUUCUCAACGCACAUAUUCCUCUGUUCCUUUACCCUUUUCUCAACACAACUUCCAAGUCGCGUCCUUUUGAAUACCUUCGCCUCACGUCCCUUGGUGUGAUUGGUGCCUUGGUCAAGAACGAUUCUUCGGAUGUCAUCAACUUCCUCCUGACCACCGAAAUCAUCCCGCUGUGCCUUCGCAUCAUGGAGACCGGCUCGGAGUUGAGCAAGACAGUCGCCAUCUUUAUUGUGCAGAAAAUUCUGCUGGACGAUAUUGGCCUCGCCUACAUCUGCGCAACCUACGAAAGAUUCUAUGCUGUCGGAACCGUGCUGAGCAAUAUGGUCACCCAACUUGUGGAACAACAAACUGUGCGGCUUCUCAAGCACGUUGUGCGCUGCUUCCUUCGUCUCAGUGAUAACAGCCGCGCGCGCGAGGCUCUGCGACAAUGUCUCCCCGAACCCCUCAGAGACGCCACCUUCUCCUCGGUUCUCCGCGACGACGCCGCCACGAAACGCUGUCUCGCACAGCUCCUGAUCAACCUCUCCGACAAUGUCUCGGACGGUGCUCCGGGCGUUGCGAUGUAA